AGAGCACAGAGUUGUUGCUCGCGUGUGUCGUCCGCGAUCGCCAUCUCAUCGCUCUAAAGCCGCACGUCAUUGGCAGUGAACGGAACGAAGUGUUGUAGACUUGUAGUAUAGAUCGCUGGCUGGCUGUCUGAAAAUAGUGAAUCAAGUAUGAGUUUUCGAAAUAUGUUCGAAUAAAAAGUGUUUACUGUGAUUAGUGAGUGACUGUCAUCCAGCAAGAUGGUUGAUGACGUGAAAGAGAUUACCGAAACCGCUGAAAGUAAAGCGUCAGCAGAAGCCCUAGACCGAGCGAGAUUAGCACGAGAGAGACGCGAAGCCGAGCAGAGGAAACGGCUAGACGAACUGCGCGCACACGCCGCGGCUGCGCAAGCGCAGCGGGAGAAACGGGACGAGGAGCGCCGCCGCAGGCAAGCUGAACAGCGCGCGAGGGAUGAUGACAGGCGGCAGCAGGUGGAGGAACGCAAACGCGCGAUAUGGGAGGCGUCCGUAUCGCGACGGGAGGCGCUGCUGCAACGCGAGCGCGACAGGAGCGAGCGGAUGGAGCGAGCGCGGGCCGCUCGUUCCGCUCCCCGGCCCGCCUUCGCUUUUGGCUCGUCCACACCUCGGCUCCUCGAGCCACUAGACUCCGGUGGCUUUUUCUGGGCCGCGCGCAGUACCAACCCCAUAGAUCAGAUGAACUUUUUUGAUUCGCUGGCGGCAUCAACGACAAAUGUGAUGUUCGCGUCUGCGCCGCUGGUGAGACGCGCCUCGGCACUACAAUUAGAUUCAGACACUGACAACAAAGACGAACCUGACCGGCAGCCGCAGCCAGUGAUGUGGUCGUCGGUCGCCCGGAGACGGACGGACCUAGUGCCGACCGUCCCCGCGCCCCGCGCACCAGGUAGAGCCUACUCCAUGACGAGACUCGACAAGAUACCGACCCAGAGGCCGCUGCACUCAGCCUCGCCGUCGAUGCACCACCUCAACAGGACCCAGCCGCGGUCGGGCGAGACGACGCCGGGUUCAAGGCCGGGGAGCGCGCUCGCCGCCGCAGUGCCUCGCCGCCCGAACACCAACACCCCGCGGCGCCCGCGGCCCGCCUCCAUCGCCGGCACCGGCGUCAACACGCCCAGAGGCGGCGCGGGCGAUGCGAGCGUCGCGACGACGCCGUCGGUGUCGCGCGACAGCACCGUGGUGGGCGCCGCCGCCGACGUGCCGCGCCGCGCCGCCUCCACGCCGCGCCGCCCGCGACCCGCCUCCAUGCACGCCGCCACCAGGACCACGCCCGCGUUGUCACUACCGCCGGGAGAAGGCAAGCCGCCGCUACAUAGAAAACCAAAGCCAUCCAAAGAACACGAUAAGCGCGGCAAGUCAACGUCAGCGUCGCCGGGCCGCUCGCUGUCGCCGCCCAACGCACGCCGCGUCGACCGCGACAAGUCGUCGGCGUGGUCGUCGUCGGAGCGCGACAAGUCGCAGGUGAGCGCGAUCGAGGUGUCGCAGAAGUUGGAAGCGCUCCAGAUACACAACGGGGAGCGGCACACCCACGACCAAAACUUAGACAAUAAGGUAAACGAAAACAAAGAAAACAUAGAGGUAGAAGCAAAACCAUCGAAGCCCGAACAGAAAUUAGUAGAUAAUAAACCAGUAGAAGAAGUGAAGCCUGUCGAAAAAGAAACAACACCGCCCGUGGUGAAAGAAGAGAAGCCCACAGAGAAGAGAGAAGAACAAAAAGUGGAAAACAAAGAGGAGCAAAAGGUUGAGAAGAAAGAGGAACAGAAAGUGAACGAGAGAAGGGAAGAGAAGAAGGAACCCUCGCUAGAGAAGACUGACGAAUCUGAAAUGACAGCAUCGAUGACCGCGCGGCGUAUCACAACCGCGGAAGAAGCGAAAGCAGCACUGGCUGAACGCAGGCGGCGAGCCCGCGAGGAGGCCGAGCGGCAGGCCGAACUCGAGAGACAGAGAUUGCAGCGCGAAGCGGAGGAGGAAGCUGAGCGACAGCGGCUGGAGGAGGAGCGACAGCGGCGGGAGGAGGAGGAGGCACGGGAAUUGGCGCGCCUGCAGCGGCAGCAGGAGGAGGAGAAGCUGAGAAAGGCUAUUGAGGCGGCGCAGCAGGCGGAGCGCGAGGAGGCGGAGCGGCAGUCGCGGUCGGAGGCGGAGCGGGCGGCGCGCGCGCGCGAGGAGGAGGACAAGCGCCGCGCCGCCGAGCGCGCCGAGCGGCUGCGGCGCGAGGACGCCGAGCGGCAGGAGCGCGAGCGCGUCGCGCGCAAGCAGCGCGUCGAGGCCAUCAUGGCGCGCACGCGCCUCAAGAAGCAAGCGGAAGAAGACAAAAAGCAACAAGAAAAAGCCGCAAGCCAAGCAUCAGAUGCGCCGCCUGCAUCUGAACCGUCUCAAACGCAAGAGACUAACUCCCAGCCGCCGCCGCAGCCUCAGCCUCAACAGCCACAGCCCGCGCAGCCAGCGGCCGCGCCGCAGCAGCACGCGGCGGACGCGCCCUCUAGUGGCGACAACGGGAACGCAGUAGUCACGGAAGAUUUGUUAGGUUUUGGCACUAGUCAGCCUGCGGAGCCGCCCGGCACUCAGACCGCGGCCACCAACAAUGGCAACCUCACUGCCGACCUUCUAGGGCUGUCCGAACACAAUAAUAUUGAGGACAAAUCUGAAGAGCAGUCGACAGCCAACAAGCAAAUAGACAACGCGCCAGCGCCAGAGACCAACAACGGCAACCAAACGACCAACGUUGGCCACAUAUCGGCCAACUUCAUACAAACAGAACGCCUCAACGAGAGUCAAACAAAGGCCGACGUUCCCAAACUGAUAGAGGACGACUUCACAACGCACAACGGCCACGGGGCACACAAUCAUCCGUUGACACUGCAAAAUGCUAUUUAAUUACACGUCACUAGGGUUCGAAAUUGAAUGUUUUCAUAGCGUACAUAUUGGCUGCUAGGUGGAGUGGCUUACGCGAUCGAAUGUGCGGUCCGGUAAAAGGUGAUUUAAAUUUGGAACAGGCGUAGGUACAAUCAAAUGUAUAUACGAAAUUAAUAUUUAUUACCUGUGAGUUGAAGGCGUUAUUCCCAUGAUUUGGAUGCAUGGUUGACAAAUAUGAUCCUUAAUACGCACUGUAUAUAAUAUGAAACAAUUUUAAUAAUUAAUUUUAUUAAUCAUAUUGGCCCUAACAUGGGAAAUAUCGCUUACUUACAAUGACUAUAAAGACGAGAAUUGUGAAGCAAAACAGCAUUAUAAUAUAGCCAUCUCCCAAAGGAUAAAUAUAUAAAUUAUUUUAAUACACAAUAAUGCAAUUAUUAAAAAUGAAUAUUUUAAUCAACAUUCACAGGAUUUAUAACGUUUUACGCUAUAUAGAGGACGCUAGAUCUAGUUUUGAUUUAAUAUAAUAUACGAACGGUGCCUUUGGUAGUUAUUUUAGUUUAAUUUUGGUGCUACACAUUAACAUAAUUUCUGUUAAUAUCAUUAGACAAUAUAGGAGAAAUGUAAAAAUAGUAUAGUAGAAAUUAAUAAAUCGCAUGUCCCAAAUUGAAAAAAAAAAAUUCGAUACAAAUGUGGAAUGACAAAUCGUUUGUACGUGGAACGGAACGUGAAGCCAAUAUGGCGCCCUCUUACCGGUUUGUGAAUUAUACAGCCAAUAUCUAUGCGUUGGAAACGGCGUGUUGGCAUCUGCUACGCCGCUUGUGUUCGACGAUACGAAACCUCCCAACUAGCUCACGAUUACUGAAAUAGCUUUUGUUUAAAACUAAUAAAGCCUAUAUAUAUAAAAUGGAGUUAUAAAAGGCCAAUUAUGUAUUUUAAUCAACUGUUUGUACUUGUUUUGCUGAAAACACUUUCGUAACAUUAAAUUCCUCUGUAAUAGCAAAAAUAAACAAAAUUAAAUUGAUUAAAACAAAUAAAAUAGGUGAUUAAAAACACAUGUUUAUUGUAUAUUAUUAAUCAAUUUGCUGUAAUCAUAAAUUAAAAUGUUUCAUCUCUUUCUUUUAAACUAACGUCUUAAUUUGAAAGAAAGAGAUGGAAGACUGCAAUGGGGAUUAUUCGUCGAAUGGAUGCUGUAGCAGAGAAGUAGAAGACACUAAAUUAUAAUAAUAUAAUUAUUAAUGCAUUUAUAUUGCAACUCCUCGAUUCUACGAAGAUUGAUAGCUUUUUUUAAUUUGCGUAUAGGCAAUAACAAAAGGUAUUCACCGCUUGACUUUUGAAAUAGGGAAUUAUUAAUGUUUUCAUUAUUAAAAAAAAAUCUGUAAAGUUCGAAAUGAACUGUGCAUCAUUUUUAUGGGACUAGACGGGACAUUGUUAGGCCUGCUCCAUCUGUACAAACCGAUUAACGUAUCUGAUUCAACCUUCGGGUGAAUUUAUAUUUUUGUUUUUUUUUUUUUUUUUUUGCUUUUCAUUCUCUCAAAAUAUUUAAAAUUUUGUAUUAUCGCUCGUGAGAAAUGUUAUAAAAGUACAUGUUGUAUAGUUGCCAUGUAACUGGCUAUUAAAUAAUUUUAAAUCGUUUUGAAUGAAUGGAAAUAUCAUCUUUAGAGAUCCGUUGGUUUGUUUGUAAAGAUGUAGUGACUCCCUUGACAAAUAUUGAACAUAUUGAAAUCUUUUCGCUGUUGUAUGCACUGGAUGCAACGAGAUGGUGCUCGUUGCUGUCCCGUUGUGUAUGUCUGCAUGCAGUAGCGAAAACGUGUCUAUCGUUAUUUUAGUUUGUUUCUCGACGCGGGGAGGGGUCAUUAAUGAUUCUCGUCAAAUCAUUGUUCACGUUUGAUAGGUUGUGUAUAGGAAGCUGUGCUAGUACAGUACUGUAUUACUGUUAUUUGUAAAUUAUAUAAGUUUUUAUUUAUUGUGAUGUUUUUAUUAAGAUGCCCUCGUCGGGAUUGUUACAAAUAAUUGUAAUGUCACAAUUUCCUGACAAAUUUAUUUAUUUCCAUUUGUUAUUUAAUGAAUUAAUAAAUAAUAAUAAUUUAUUCAACAAAAAAUACAGAUGUGUUAUACAAAAUAUAUAUAUUUAUAAUACUUAUUGAUCCUCAGUAAGUGUUUCCAUGCUAGGAAAGUCCUGCCUUAUAAGGCCAAAAGAUUUUACGUAAGAUUUGAAAUUAAAUUUAAUAUUCCUGUGGCCUCGUUACUUUACGCUUAGAUUCUUGACCAAACAGACGUAAAUUUUUCUAAAUAGACCUUUUUCUAUAUACUUAAAUAAUUCCUCAAAUAUUCAUCUGGUUUCUUUAAAUGAAAUAAUUUCUCGAGUAAAUAAUGAUGGAAAAUCAUCAAAUUGGUCAGGAAAUCGUGUCAUUAUUAUAUUAAGGACAUCUUAAAAAUGAAACUGCACGUGAGCCUAGCUAAAGAAACGCGUUGUUGCUUUAUUAUCAAAUCGACCGCGACAGAUAUAUAGGGAGGCUCGCGAGUGCGACCAGGAUAGAUAUCAUUUCAGAAUUGCGUCCACAUUUGCGUGCACAAGCUGCUCUAUCGGACUGAGAUUAGUAUGAGAGUGGGCUUCUAAUGCCAUUGUAAUCAGUGAGAAACCUAAUUUGUUUCAUAUUAACAGUGAACUUGGGUCGAUAUUUAGUCAUUUCAACGUGUUACGACCUUACAACGCCGAUUGUGUUUAAGAAACAAUAGGUUUAACGGAUAUAGCGUUUUUUCAUACGAAUGCUGUUUUAAUGCAAACAUAAAUCGAGGUAAUCGAUUCAUUGAUCGAUCGAUCAUCGGUAAUAGAAAAGAGAUAGCUAUACAAGUGUAGUAGGCGUGAAGAGGACAGAGCUAGCUUUGUAUUGAUCAACACGUUCUCUGUCAAAUUGACUCGUUUCUGUCAAUCAUUGUGAAAUAAAGUCAAUGUUUAACAGAAAAUAGGCUGAAAAUAUAGUCUCCUAAAUAUAUCAAUCGUUAGUAUAGUUUAGUUAUCAAAUUUGCAUUAAAAUGGUAUUAUCUUAUUGCGAGCUAUUCCAUAUUGUUACUAGGGAUGGGUAAUAUAUAGCAAUAUCUAUAUAUUUUAGUUACAAUAUAUAUAUACUGAUCCAAUAACGAAUAUGUUAAAAGUCUGUUAUCCAAAAAAUAAUAUUGGAUAACAGACUUUUAACAUAUUCGAAAAUAGAUAUCCGUUCGAUAUGGGCGAUGACCUUUCCGCCAUCAAUGUCCAGAGAAACCCAAUGUAUAGAUAUCGAAUCUAUAUUACCCAUGCCUGAUUGUUACUGUUUGAUCUUGGAUCAUAUAAAAAAUGUACAAAAAAUACUUUUAACAGCUAGAAAGAAUGCUAUACUGUCAGAUAAACUUCUCAAUACAAUGAAAUAUGAGACGGUCGAAUAUUCGGGAAGAACUCGCAACAAGAUGUCAAAAGAAAUAUGCUUAACAAAUACAAUAAUAAUUAAUAAGUUAUUUAACGACAUGGCAUAAAUAAUGUUUGUAUCAUAAGUAGUUAGCAUUAAAAAAAAAAAAAAUAUAUAUAUAUAUAUAUAUAUAUAUAUAUAUUAAUUAUUAUUUCUCUAAUACAUCCCUGUUUCCUCGAGUCCUCUAUUGUUUGUUUUUUCAUAGGGUUAUAUUAUAAUUGAAUUUUCCUAAACUUCUUAACACAUUGUUACGCAGAUAUGUGUAGCGACCGAUGGAUUUGUUGAAAUCAAUUCGUCGUAUACUGAAGCUGUUUAUAUACUAAAUUUGUGCUUUAUGGAAAAACUAAUGUAUUUUAUAUACUGACCUAUGUAUCAAACGCUGUACUGUACAUACGAGUAUUGUAUACAAAGCCAUACAUUUUGUAUACAUAUGGUAUAUAUGUAUAUAUUACAGCGAAAUGUCUAAUGAUUUGUUACACGUAUCUUUGUAAUGUUAGUCUCCGAACAUUAAUCAAUACUUAUUAAUGUAGUAGUUAUAACAAAUUGUCACCGCUGGCUUGAACGCCAGUAUUGUACUCCAUGUUUCAUAACACAGUAGGUUUUUCUAAUAAUAUUUAACUGCAAUAGAGCCUCGAUAAUUCAAACUGGGUAACAACGAACACUUCUUAUGGAGCUGUAAGGAUUGUAGUAUUUUUAUUAGGAUUUUUUCUAUGUACGUUAGUGAAAAAAAGUAUGAAUUUCCCAAAGAAAACUGCAUUUAUUUGGGGGACUUAAUAAAUUAGUCAUAAAAUAAUAUGUUUUGGUCAAAGCGAUCCUAUUUAUUGAAAGAAAUCUUUAUAAGACAUCAAUUAGACAUACUAUGUAGAGACACGAAGCUUUGCACCUUGUUUCACCAUGCGUACAGCCAACGAGUGGAAAUCCUCUUGCUUAAGUUGUUCCAUCCAAAUGUAAUCUGCACCAAUUUAAGGAAAAUGUGAAUAGGCUAUUCGUGAGCCCGCGAGCUUCAUCUUAGACCACCUUUCACCGUUCACCAUCAGGUGAGAUUGUGAUCAAUCUCGGGACCCUUCAAUUGUAAAAAUUUACACUUUUUUUUCUUAUAUCAAAUAGACAUAAUUUGUAUCUGCUCAAAUUAUAUACCAUAGUUUGAGCGGCAAUCAUUCGAUGGUGACAUAAUUUGUGGCUAAUUUUUUUCGUAUUUUUUUGUUUUCAUUCUCAGUUCUAUCAUUUCCUUACAGUUCGAAUUAAAACCGUUUGCAUGAAUCUAGAUAUCGGAUUAUCGGGGCUCUACUGUAUUUCUGGAGCACAGUUAAUUGCGAGAACGCUUCAAAUCAAUAUAAAUAAUUUUGCAAUGAACUGUGCUCGUCAGGAAUUCAAAGCCUCACAGGCAGGUAGCAAGCGGGAGUAGUCAUUACACCAACCCGUUGCUAUUCUGUGUGUAGGCUUCUAAACGAAUCAUUACUUGUAAUGUUCAUGUUUAUUACUCCAUUUUUUUUCUGUAAUUAAAUUAUGUCUUGACUAUGUAUUGAGGUCUUAUGAUUUUUUUUUUUUUAUAAUACGAGAUUGUAUGUUGAUACAUCACGGUGUAUUGUGGCUGGCCGCCGUUAUAAAAUUUUCAAUCGUAACAUAAUCUGUGAAAUCCGAUUAAUAUCAAAUAAUCGAUUGUGUUGAACUAAAUUUACUUGCCUUUAAAUUGAAGUAUUAGCUAAUAUUAUGCUGUAAAGAUGUUAAUCCAAAGAUGGGAGGUAUUACAAUCUUUAAUUUUUCAACGAUAAUAAAUAAUUUUCUAUUUGUAUUAUUGCAGAAAACAAUUGUACAAUUUGUUACAAUAAAUAUAUAUGGCAUUUUUUUAAUGUUUAUUAAUAUUAAACCAGUUUAUUUGAGAUAUUGUUUAAUUUAUUACAUUGCGGAGUUUUAUUUCUCUAAAAAAUGUUCAAUAAUGCCUAAUAAUAUAAUAGAUUGUGUUACGGUGUACAAAUUUAAUGCUUUAGAUGUUUUUAGUGCAUACUAACCAAUCACUAAUGAAGUGACAGUUUUUUUUUUACGUUUUGACGUUAGCGAGUCUGUUGAACAAGAUGGCGGUCUGUCACUCGCGUGCGUGCGUGCGUGUAUGUGUGUGCAUGACGUCACGGUGCGGCCCACACAUUGGAAGGUUGUUUGUUAGCUGUCAUCAAAUUAUAUAUAAUGUAUUUAUGUAUAACACUUUGAGAUAUGGCUUAUUUGUUCUUCUUAUCCUUACACUAUUAUUAUUAUGUUAGCAAUCGAUGGAUUUAUAAGGAGAAAGUUUUAUUAAAAAAUAUGAAUUUA